GAAUUACAAUAUAUUUCAACAGCACGUUUACAAUUUUUAAUUUUUUAUCAUAAAACUACAAUGAUAAAACUAGGCCGAGUUGUUUGGCCUCGGAGCAGGAAAUUGCUCUGAUAGUCUAGUUUAGAACACCGGCAAACUGUUUUGGUUGUCUAACCUAACACAAUUAUUUGUAGUUCCUAAUUCCUUUCCACUUUUACUUAGCUACAUCUAAAGUCUGCCCCCUAGAUAAACGUGCUAUUAUACUGGAUAUAACGAACUCGAACUUUAAUCUCUCAUAAAUUGUAUUUGAUGUGUAAUCCUGUAUAGCGGUCAUUGAACUGAUACGGUUAAGGAGUUCAUUGUACCAAGUGUGUGUGUUUUCUGUAACUACCUUCAAAUUUAUAUUUUACGGUUAACCAUGCGACUGGUAAUUUUGGAAUCAGCUGAUAGUGUUGCAGAAUGGGCCGCCAAAUACGUUAUGAAACGUAUAAACGACUUCCAAUGUGGACCGGACAAAUACUUUGUAUUAGGUCUUCCAACUGCACUCCAUAUGGUAUGUACCAGAAGCUGAUAGAAUAUCAUAAAGCGGGCCGAGUAUCGUUCAAAUACGUAAAAACCUUUAAUAUGGAUGAAUAUGUGAAUCUUCCCAGAGACCAUCCGGAAAGCUAUCACUAUUACAUGUUACAUAAUUUCUUCAAACACAUUGACAUAGAUCCAAAAAAUGCUCACGUUUUAGAUGGGAACGCUCCGGAUCUUGUGGAAGAAUGUAGUAAUUACGAAAAGGAGAUUGCAAGAGCAGGUGGCAUUGACUUGUUUGUAGGGGGGAUUGGGCCAGAUGGGCAUAUUGCAUUUAAUGAACCGGGUUCGUCAUUAGUAUCAAGAACGAGAGUAAAAACUUUGGCUCAAGAUACUUUAGAGGCCAAUGCGCGUUUCUUCGGGAAUGAUAUUAAUAAAGUACCUCAUCAAGCCCUCACUGUUGGUGUGGGGACGGUUAUGGACUCGAAAGAAGUAAUGAUUUUAAUAACCGGUGGUCACAAAGCAUUUGCCUUGUACAAAGCAAUAGAGGAGGGUGUCAGUCAUAUGUGGACGGUUUCAGCAUUCCAGCAACAUCCCCAUACACUAUUUAUCUGUGAUGAAGACGCCACGUUAGAGUUAAAAGUGAAAACUGUUAAAUAUUUUAAGGCUUUGAGUGCUGUACAUCAUAAGCUCAUCGAAGACACAACACCCAUUAACCGUUCUAGAAGCAUUCACUAGCUCUGCAUGGCAGAUUCAACAUUGUAGCUGUUAUUCUUAAUCUUUUAUUACAGAAUUUAAGAAAUGUUUAUAAUCAGUUGCUAGAAGGGGGUUAUUAAGGUUUACAUGAUCGAUAAAGGAGCACCAAUCAUCUUGUGGAAAAAGUAAUCAUUUUGCUUGCGGAUUCUUCAAAUGUUAUCUGCUCUUGUGGUAAAUUGUGCUUUGAUAACAAAAAUUAUCUGCGUACAUUCUGCAAGACUGCUUAUAUUUCCUUUAUCAUGUAUUGUCAGAUAUUUUUAUACUUUUCAAUAAAUACUUGUAAUGGCCGUGAA